UAAAAACGUUCACUGAACGUAGGAAGUGCUCGCGACGCAUUCUCCCCUCGCUUCGUUCAACUACCGGAACUAUCGCAUCUCGCGCGUGAAUCUACAUCGUCAGGCACGGGCGAGCAUUGAAUACUCAAGGUGAGGAAAUUCCACACGGUAGCAAACGGCACCGGAGCAGAUCCGUAAGAAGAAAGAAAAACGGAAGGAAAGGGAAAGAAAGAAAGAGAGGAGGAAGGAGAAGGAGGGUGCCCGGAUUCACAUUUACGCACCUGCUCCUCAUACCACGUCCCUACUCUAAACCUCCUGCGUUCAACCUGCCUGCCUGCCUGCCGCGCUUCAUAGUCCCACCGGGUAGAUAGGAAUACCGGCGAACCUCCGCGCGCGCCCUCAGUCCGCCCUCGCCACUCGCGCUCACGGACCCGACCAGCUGUCCCGCUCUGACAGCCGCGUGCCGGCCGGAAUCCACCUCUGUCGCGCCAAAGGCAGAGAGCUCUAGAGCGAGGCAAUCUUGCGGCCGCAGCAUCCAGCGGCUACUAGCGCUACUAGCGGCAGCCAAACGGAAAGACUCCCAGGCGAGUUGCCCUGGCGCGUGUGUAUGUGCACGUGUGAGCCGUGCGUGAGCCUCACCUGCGUGGGUGUGCGAAGCCACGGCGGAGCCUACCUGGCGGCGUCCGACACGCAGUAACCCGCGCGCUCCUUCGCGUUCUCCCGCGGGAAAGAGCGUCGUUCUUCCUGGUGACAGCGAUCGGCUACUUUUGGAGUAAUUGGCCUUGGCCGAGGUGAAGAGCGCGUUGCCCGUGCGAAAUCGAAGUCCAGGAGUCAAAAGUGCGACGGAAAAAUAUACGAUCCGCUCGAGUCGAGCGAUCUGUGCGUGUGUGUUUACUUGAGAGGAACAACGAGUGGGUACGCGAGGCGAUCGCUUCGAGUUUUUCCUGGAGUCUGGGAGAUACAACGGAUGCUUCCGCGGAUCGGACGGUCGACCAGUAAGGGAUUUCAGACGGAGGAGAUGCGUCGGUGGUUUACCGGAGGUGACUGAAAGGGAGACCUGGACGGCUUCCCCAUCGACAUCCUCCAGCAAUCGAUAUGCCGACCGACAUCGUAGUUACGUCGGCUUCGGCCACGGUUUCGGAGGAGACGAGCAGAGGUCGGGACCUGGGGCUCGGACCGUCUUCAAGGUCAGGUCCCUCUUCCGCGGCCUCGUCGUCCUCCAAUUCCGGGGCGGCGUCGACUUCGAGGGGGUUCGAUCCAGCUGGCACACUCGCCGCCUAUCAUCAUCAUCGUCACAGCUUGGUGAGCAGUCUAGGCCAUGCUCACCGGGAAUCGUCAGCCUUCGUGCCUGUGGUGCCUUCUAGAUUACAUCUCACACCGUAUCCAGGUGAAAUACAUCCCCAUCUACCAGGUCCGCCGCCUGCGUCUUCGUCGUCGACGAAUUCGGAACACGAAGUCGGUCCCGAGUCAUCGGUGGCUAGAAAAAGUUCCUCGAGCUACGAAAUCAUGGCUAUGAUGGCUGAUAAGAGAAAGGAAUUGGCGGCUAGAGCUCUUUUGUUACCACCGCCCCCUCUCUUGGAACCUCCUCCCGGUUAUCCUGUCUUUGCCGGACCUUUUCCUGGCAGUUCCGCUCUGUAUCCUCCGGGUGGUCCAUUAGCUCAUCAGCAUCUCGACCGGAGGCUACUCAGGGCACCUGGUAGAGCGUCCAGACCCAAGAAACAAUUUAUUUGUAAAUUCUGUAAUCGACAGUUCACGAAAUCGUAUAAUCUUCUCAUCCACGAGAGAACUCAUACCGACGAGAGGCCGUACUCCUGCGAUAUUUGCGGCAAAGCGUUCAGGAGGCAAGAUCAUCUUAGAGAUCACAGGUACAUCCAUAGCAAGGAAAAACCUUUCAAAUGCAACGAAUGUGGCAAGGGCUUCUGUCAAAGUCGUACUCUGGCGGUUCACAAAAUCCUGCACAUGGAAGAGUCUCCGCACAAGUGUCCGGUCUGCGCGCGUAGCUUCAACCAGCGCAGCAACCUCAAGACACAUCUUCUAACGCACACGGAUCACAAGCCUUACGAGUGUACAUCGUGCGGCAAGGUAUUUCGCAGAAAUUGCGACCUGCGAAGACACGCAUUAACGCAUGCUGUGGGUGACGUGCCACCUGAGGCGUUGGAGGAAGCUCUGAGGGACGACGACAGUCCCGAGGAAGAUUGUCCCGAGCCAGGUCCUUCGUCUUCUGCCUCCUCCUCGUCGACCCCAUCCGCGCCACCCGCAGCAUCCUCCAGUUCGUCCUCCGGGUAUCCCUCUCACGGAUCUGCGACAUCGUCGACCGCAUCUGCGGCUCCAGCGGCCGCGUCGUCUCUACCGCAGAGACCCCAGCUUCAGAUCAGAAGAGACCUACUGCCGACAGCGAAGUCUUCGACGGUGACCAGCGGUGCGUCCGCCGCGCAUUCCGUUACCCAGAAUCCGCCGGCCGCCCUCCCGCCGCCACCACCGCUCGUUCUGACCUCCUACCGGCGAAGGAUCAGUUCUCCAGGUCCUUCUAGGGUGCUGCUGGAGCUCCAGGAGCGUGAGCGUGAGAGAGAACGCGAAAUGGAGCAAAACAGGGAAAGAGAACGCAACAGAGAACGUGACAAGGAAGUGGCCAGACCGCCCAGAGCACCGACACCGCAGCCAGCGCCGCCACCACCAAGACCGGCACCGGCGCGCCAGGGCUUUACUAUCGCAGACAUAAUGGGCCGAUAGAGAAUGUACGUUUGUUGUCGCAGGUAGUUUCCUCUUUUUUUUUUUUUAUUGUGCCCCGGUUGCACAGAUCGGUAUAGACACUGCGAGGGUCAUAUAUUAUAUAGAAGCGUAGGAGAUCUUUGCGAAGAAUGGGAUGUCCUUUCUGUGAGCAUUCUGAAAAUUACACAAUCCUGGAAGAGACGCAUAAAAAGAAAAAAAAAUACGAUAUACUUCGCGAAACUGCCGAAAAGUCCGAGCGUUCUUUACGUCCUUUAUAUUGCCGUACAUUUUUUUUUCUAUGCGUGUAGAAGUAACAAGGAGACUUAAACACGCAAGAGCGAGGCGACGAAAGUGCGAUUGAGAUUGUAAUUUUCGAAGAACCUGCGUGCGUGAUUCUAAAUGAUCUAUUAAUUUCGAAAUACUUGAUCCCCUCUCUCGUUCCAAGUAUAAUCUCGUGAUUACAUAAUAUACAUUAAACAUUUUUAUGUCCAAUGCAUACCGACGCAUAAACACGCCAGAGGAAUUUUACAUAUCGUUACACGACUUGUUAACAUUGUGAAAUAAUUUCCCGAGGAACGAGACGGUUGAGCAAAUGCGUGCCAAAAAACGUGCCUUAAUCAAGAUUGCCACCGAAGAUUCCGUCCUUCAAAAAAAAAAAAGAAGAACAAAUAAACUCGAAUGCAGGGACCACUACUAAAAGGGACUACAACGCUUCUAAACUCUACAAAUGCGCGCGCACAGACGUGCGAGAAAAGAAAAAAAAUCAACGAAUAAAUGGUGCCUUAGAGCGGUCCAGAGAGAUUUUCUCCCUCGUCUAGGGAGAGACGGUGGACCAAAACCGGAAAGGUGGCAUCCCUCUGGCCUUAAUACAAGCCCGUUCGUUCUCGCUUCUCUCGAGCUUCGUUCGAGCUUCGAGUCCGUCCUCUCGCGAUCGCGUUGCAAGAGGAGAGAGACGAUAAAGUCCACGGGGAUAAGAUUAUGGAACUCUGCGCGAGGAGCACUCUUUUGUCCCGCACUCGGUCGAGUUCGCGAGCAGGAGGAGGAUAAUGCAAAUUUUGCGGUCGGGGGGUAACAACCGGUGUGUGUGUGCCACCGUGGCAGGUG